UAUUUUGACAAAGCCUGGAAUACCCCAUAUAAAACAGUCUGUCUAUCAUGGGGGCACCCACUUCCUCUGAACCAGUUAAGUCUUACCUACCUGACUCCUUCUGGGACUGAGAACGAUUUCCCAGGCAUCUACCUUUUUAGAAGAGAGCAGAAAAUGAUGAAGUCCCAGGGGUUAGUAUCAUUCAAGGAUGUGGCUGUGGAUUUCACCCAGGAGGAGUGGCAGCAACUGGACCCUGCUCAGAAGACCCUGUACAGGGAUGUGAUGCUGGAGAACUACAGCCACCUGGUCUCAAUGGGGCAUCCAGUUUCCAAACCAGAUGUCAUCUCCAAGUUGGAACAAGGAGAAGAUCCAUGGAUCAUAAAGAGAGACAUACCAAAUUGGAUCUAUCCAUAUGAAGAUCAGGCAGAUGGGCGACAAGGGAAGUGAAAUAUCAGUUUUUUUUUUUAAUUGACUGAUGCCUGAGGCUUAUGUUUCUCUCCUUAGUGAAUUCUCUUAUUCUUUGUUCCUGUGCUGAGAAUUUA